UAUGAUGGUAUGAUAUUUUUAGAGGGAGAGAUUUUUUCACAUCACCUCGAGCUACAAGAGGUCUCGCUAAAUUGUGCAGAGUUUGGUGUGUCUUUGCGGAAAAGAAAGAGUGAAAGUAGAGAUGGACACUGAGCAGGUGAGAAGGAGAAUGAACAUGAUUGCCGGUCACUUUGCCACCAACGAUGAUGUAUGUGCCACUGCCACUGCCACCCACGUCUUCCCUUUGAAUUGCAGUAGCAGUUUAAAUGCUGUCAUCCGGAGGUGUGAUAACAGAAUUUAUUUUGCGAGGCAAGGGUCUAAUUCUCAAGGUUGCUUCAUGAGGCAGGUUUCAAAUGAACAGAAUUGCAGUAGCAGUUUAAAAUCUGUCAUCCAGAGGUGUGAUAAUAGAACGUAUUUUGGAAGGCAAGGGUCUAAUUCUCAAGGUCGUUUCAUGAGGCAGGUUUCAAAUGAACAGUCUGGCAUCCCACUCAAGUGCACCGGUUCUGCAAAUGAAAGCUCUUCUAAUUCUUUUGAGACACCCUUGUUUUCUAGACCUGCUAGGAUGGAACCGAACUUCCCUAAUAUCGAAGUAAUCCAACCUAUGGUGCAAGACAGCAAUUUACCUGCACCUGAGCCACCAAUGCUUGCCAGACCAAAUAAAAGAAUUAGCAGAAGGAAGCAGUUCCACUCCAAGAAGAAAAUUCACGCUUUUGAAUUGAAUGGAUUUGAAUGGUCCCCAAGAAUAGAUGCUGCAGAAUCUGGAUGCAAUUAUGUAAUUACAGUAGAGCUUCCAGGUGUUGGCAUUAAUGACAUUAGAGUGGAGGUCAAUGAACAAAAUUUGACUGUGGCGGGUAAACGCUCAACCCAGUGGUGGAAAGUGGAAAGUUGUUCAAAUGAUGUAAUCUCUGCAUAUCACAAGAGGGAGAUUUUACAAGGGCCUUACCAGGUUGUGUGGGCACUUCCCCCUAAUGUGAACAAGGACAGUGUAUCGGCUGAGUUUGUGGAUGGAUUUCUAUGCAUCACCAUUCCCAAACUUUGAGAAGCCAGACGGUAUAAAUGUCUUUUUAAUUGUAACUAAUGUUUAUAUGAUGUACUAGAUGGAGGGGGGGUGAGGACACUCUACAGUGUCAUAUAUAUACAUAUAUAUAUAUAGAGAGAGAGAUUGAGAGAGAGAGAGAUUGUAUUGGAUUCUUCAUAUAUAUAUGUGUGUGUGUGUGUGUGUUAUUAUCUGAACAUGCUUGCUAUUGUCAGUUGGGAGCUGCUUUAAGUAAUAUUCAAUUAUGGCCUUGUAAGAAUGUUAUUUGAUUUAGCACUCUGCUCUACAUUUGGGAUGAUAACCAAGUGAUGGAUUGGUACUGAGGAAAAUGUUGGGGUGGUGGUUGACUAAAGAUUGAUUAGAAUGAUAUGUGAUUCCACUGGGUAUCAAUCCACCCUCUCUUACUUGUGAAUGCAUGAUUUAUAGGAAUUAAAUAUAUUUUAGAACAUAUUUUGUUAGAAUUUUUGGGAGAAACUAAUGAAAAUAAACUUAUUGAGAGACAUAUUGGCAGCUGGGAGAAGUACAAGAAGUAAUGCAACAAAAGAGAGUUUUAAAGCAUGGAAGCCUAGCGGUAUAACUUUUCUAUACUGAAAGACGAUGGAUUCGAGUGUGGGGCGAUAAAGGGUACAAAAAAUGCUUUAUAAGGUGACUAAAGAGAAUCUAGAAACAUCAGAAAUUCAAAACCUUAGUCAAGAAGAUAAUAAGCAAAGCUAAACAAAAUGCAUAAAUGCUUUAUAUA